AUGUUUGCGGGCUCAAAGCGUUUGAAUCUAUUGCCUUGCAUGAGUCUGCACGAUGCGUGCUCUGCUGUCCGAGCUGUUCGACCCACUAACCGCGAAACUGAGCUGCGGUUUUAUAGGCAAGAUUCCUGCUCGGCUGAUGGUUACACAACAUCAGUGUAUACCUUGUCAAUCUCCUCUGCCACAUAUGACAAUCAUCGACCUUGGUACUUGGAGGAAUGCCCAUCAUCAAUUGCUACCACCUACAGUUCAGCAAACAUCAACCAGCCAGCUAUU